AUGGUCCGGAUGCGGCCGGAUCUGCAAUGUUUCAAUCCGAGAGACUAUCAGGUCGAACUAUUGGAUAAAGCGUCGAAAAAGAAUACGAUUGUCCAGUUGGGAACCGGUUCCGGAAAGACUUUCAUCGCAGUUCUUCUCCUCAAAGAGUAUGGUGUUCAAAUGUUCGCUCCGUAUGGUCAAGGAGGCAAACGAGCCUUUUUUAUUGUUGAAAAAGUAAAUCUCGUGGAACAACAAGCGAAACACAUCGAAGUGCACACAAGUUUCAAAGUUGGUCAAGUUCACGGAAUGACGAGUACAGAGUUAUGGAAGAGUCCAGAGAGUUGUGAUGAGUUCAUGCGACAGAAUCAUGUUGUCGUAAUCACAGCUCAAUGUCUUUUGGAUCUGAUAAAUCACGCGUAUGUGAAACUACAGGAUACUUGUGUUCUCAUUUUCGACGAAUGUCAUCAUGCACUCGGAUCGAAACAUCCAUAUCGAUUGAUUAUGAUAAAAUAUAAAGAAUUGAAGAAGGCAGGCCAUCCAGUUCCACGAGUUCUUGGUCUCACUGCGAGUCUUAUCAAAGAGAAAGUGGCACCGGAAAAGUUGACAGAACAGUUGAAUAAGUUGGAAUCAGUUCUGGAUAGUGUCAUUGAGACAGCCAGUGAUUUGGUCACGCUCUCCAAAUACGGCGCAAAACCAUUCGAAGCGCUCGUCCUCUGCCGUGAUUUCGAAACCGAGAACCUCCCUCUCCCCCACUAUGAAACCAUCAUGGCGCUGCUGCUCGACACGGAGAAAUUCGUCAAUCACACUACCGUAUUCCAUCCGGAUCUCGAUUUGGAUCCACGUCGAUCGAUCCGUGAUUCACUGAAAACGACGAAAGCCGUGUUGAGACAACUCGGUCCGUGGGCCGCCUGGAAAAUCGCUGCAAUGUGGGAAAAGGAAUUGUCGAAACUGACGAAAUCACAGAUUCUACCCGAUAAAGCACUACUUUUUCUCAAUUUGGCGAAGACCUCGAUGACGACGGUCAAGAGAUUAUUGGAGCCGGAGAUGAGAAAAGUGAAAUCACUCGCAGACCUCGAGAAAUUUGUCCCACAACGUUUCGUUCGUCUCUUCGAAUCGCUGGAAAUGUUUGAACCAGAAUUCCAAAUGAAAAGAAUGAAUCGAGAAGUUCCCGAGAAGCUUUCGGCCAUUGUGUUCGUUGAUCAGAGAUAUAUUGCCUACGCUCUCUACGUAAUGAUACGAAAUGUCAGACAGUGGGAGACAAAAUUCAAAUUUGUCCAAUCGGAUUAUGUCGUCGGAGCGAGUGGACAAAAUCUCGCCAAUUCUGAUAAUCAGGGAUUGCAUAAGAGACAGACGGAGGCGCUCCGCCGUUUCCACAAAAACGAGAUCAACGUGCUGAUUGCGACGUCUGUUCUGGAGGAAGGUGUCGACGUGAAACAGUGUAAUCUCGUCAUUAAAUUCGAUCGUCCACUCGACAUGCGUUCAUAUGUUCAAUCAAAGGGAAGAGCUCGGAAAAUGGGAUCGAGAUAUGUGGUUAUGGUGGAUCAUAAGGAUGUACCCUCGUGUGAUAGUGAUUUGAAGGAUUUUCAGCAGAUUGAGAAGAUUCUCCUUAGCCGCCACCGUACCGUCAACAAUCCAACCGAAGACGACUCCAUCGACUUCAAUCUGGACGAUGUCGACCAUCUGAUGCCACCAUAUGUCGUCGAGUCGACUGGAGCCGAGUUGAAAUUGUCAAAUGCUAUUGCGUUGGUUAAUCGGUACUGCUCAAAACUCCCAUCCGACAUUUUCACCCGCCUCGUCCCCCACUCGAGAAUUAUUCCAGUCGAAGAUCGAGGUGUGACGAAAUACUGUGCUGAGCUCCUACUCCCUAUCAACUCUCCCAUCAAACACGCCAUCAUUCUGAAGGAUCCAAUGCCGAAUAAGAAGGCCGCUCAGAUGGCCGUCGCUCUUGAAGCGUGUCGUCAGUUGCAUUUGAAAGGAGAACUCGAUGAUAAUCUACUUCCAAAGGGACGUGAAUCGAUCGCGAAACUUCUGGAGCAUAUCGACGAUGAGCCGGAUGAAUACGCGCCUGGAAUGGCGCUGAAAGUUGGAUCAUCGAAGCGAAAGCAGUUGUAUGAUAAGAAAAUCGCCAGAGCACUCAACGAAUCACGUGUGGAACCGGAGAAGGAGUGUUAUAUCUAUGCACUUGAGUUGGAACGAUUCAGAGAACCCGAUUCGAUUCUGAAUCCAAAGGGACGCGUUUUCCAGGAUCCGGUUGAAUACGAUUAUUGUUUUGGUUUCUUGAGUACCAAGGAUAUUCCCAAGAUCCCUCCAUUCCCAAUCUUCCUCCGACAAGGCAACAUGACAGUCCGCCUAACGACUGCACCCAAAAAGACGAGUGUAACCGAGCGUCAACUGGAAGACAUUCAACACUUCCACAACUACAUCUUCACUCAAGUCCUCCAAAUGUGUAAAAACGGUCUGGAAUUCGAUGUGAGCGCCACGGCACCCCUCAACACUCUAAUCGUCCCUCUGAAUAAGUGUAAAGACGACGAGGGAACCUAUUCGAUCAAUAUGAAAUAUGUGACUGAAGUCGUCGCGAAUAUGGAGAAUAUGCCACGUGUGCCGACGGAUGACGUCAGAAGGAAAUAUAAAUUCGAUGCGGAGAACUAUAAGGAUGCUAUCGUCAUGCCGUGGUAUCGAAACGUCGAGCAACCCGCAUUCUAUUAUGUCGCUGAAGUUCUCACUCAAUUCAAUCCGUCCUCCCAGUUUCCUGAUACGAAUUUUGAGACUUUUAAUGAAUAUUUCAUUAAAAAGUAUAAUUUGGAGAUUUAUGAUCAGAAUCAAGCACUGUUGGAUGUGGAUUUCACAUCGAAUCGUCUGAAUCUUCUCCUGCCACGUCUUCAACCCCAUCAACGUCGUCAACGACGUGACUCCACCUCCUCGGUCACCUCCGUCACAGACAGAGCAUCAGAAUCCAAGUCAUCAGAAUCCGUGACGUCAUCAUCAGGAGCUCACUCGACUCAACGACAGAUUCUUGUUCCAGAACUGAUGGAUAUCCAUCCGAUAUCUGCCACAUUGUGGAACGUGAUCGCCGCGUUGCCAUCGAUUUUCUAUCGUCUGAAUCAAUUGUUGUUGAGUGACGAGCUCCGUGAGAUUAUCCUUCAGAAGGCGUUCUCCCGAGAGGAUACGAAAUUGAAGGCGUCACUCGAAUGGAGUCCAUUGACAUAUCCGAAUGCAUAUGAGGAGAAACAAUCGAUAAUUGUGAAGAAGAUUCAACAGCUGAGAGAGCUCAAUCAGAAAGCGCUCGAAGCGACGCAGGAGAAGGAGAAAAAAGAGCAAAUUCUUGAUGAAGGGAAGGACACUUUUGCUAUUGGAGUGUGGGAUCCACAAGACGCCGCUGCUAUCGGGGUGGAUAUAUCGGCUAGGGAUGUGAUGGGAACCGAUGGAGAGGAUAUGGAUACCGUUGGACUGACUCAGGGUCUCCACGACGGCAACAUUUCCGAUGAGGAGGACGAUCUUCCGAUCGUAAUGCACGACUACACGGCUCGUCUCACCGCUGCCAACCCGAUAUUCGGCAUUCCACCUCAACAACCGUGGGAACAAGAGAUUGAAAUUGUACCGAGUGGUUGGGGAGAUCUGGAGGGUGUGAAUCCGAGUCCGAUGCCAUUCCAAAUCUUUGGUGGGACGAAUGAAGUGAACAUCCAAGGUCUGAUGGCUGACGUCAGUCGAGUUUUCGAUCCGAUGGCUCCGAUUCCUGGAGCACCAAGACCACCGCCACCAACGUCGAUUUCCACGUCUUCUGGAGCUCCGCCCACUUCCACAACGUCUUCUAACUCUGCAACUUCUCAAACUGACGUCCCCAAAAAAUUGACGAAAGAAGAGGAGAAAUUGAAGAAAAUCCAAGAGGAACUACUUGCGAAGACGAAGGAACGAUUAGAAGCGUUGGAGACGUCAGAUGAGAGAGAAAUGCCACGACGAGUUGAGGAGACGAUCGAUUUGGAGGAAUAUGGAGAUGAUUUGAUUGAAGACGAGGAGGAGGAGUACCCCCAACAUCGUCUGAAAACAAUGGACGAAGAGAUCGAAGAGCUCAAUUCGGGAGCUCAAAAGAAACAGAACAUUGACGAUAUAACAGUCAAAACGGACGUCACCGAUCGCCAAACAUGUCAAGUUCUGGAAGUGGCCGCCCGUGAUCUACCGUCCCGCCCAUUCUCAUUCGAGAAGGAGAGUCAGACGAUGCACGGACGUCUUCUCAAGGAACGAGUGAACGAGACGGUGUCUCAUAUCGAUGAAGACGUCGGAAUGGGCGUCUCGCCGUGUCUUCUGUUGACUGCGUUGACGACGUCGAAUGCUGCCGAUGGAAUGUCGUUGGAACGUUUCGAAACAAUUGGAGACUCAUUUCUGAAAUUCGCCACCACCGACUACCUCUACCAUACACUUCAAGAUCAACACGAGGGAAAACUGUCGUUUGCACGAAGCAAAGAGGUGUCAAACUGUAAUUUGUAUCGACUCGGAAAAAAGUUGGGAAUUCCACAACUGAUUGUGGCCAACAAGUUUGAUGCGCAUGAUUCGUGGCUUCCGCCUUGCUACGUGCCCACUUGCGAUUUCAAAGCGCCCAAUAACAGUGAUGCCGAGGAGAAAGACAAAGAAAUUGAGAGAAUUCUGAAUGGACAAACUAUUGAAGAGAAGCCAGAGGAUAAAACCGGAUGGGAUAUUGGUGGAGACACGGCGAAGAGUACCGCCGAUGGAAUUGAGACAAUCAAUUUCCCGAAGCAAUCACGCCUUCUCAACGAAGACAUCUCUCCACUACCGUACAAUCUGCUCACUCAACAAAAUAUCUCUGAUAAAUCGAUUGCCGACGCGAUGGAAGCGCUCAUUGGAGUGCAUUUGCUCACAUUGGGACCGAAUCCCACGUUGAAGGUAAUGAGCUGGAUGGGACUGAAAGUGAUCCAAAAAGACGCGAAAACUGAAGUCGCCCACCCUCUGCUCCGUUUCAUCGACACACCCGCCAAUCCGGACGCUUCGAUGAAGGCGUUGAACAACUUGUGGCAACAAUAUCAAUUCGCUAAUUUGGAGGAGAGAAUUGGAUAUCGCUUCAAAGAACGCGCGUAUCUCGUCCAAGCGUUCACCCACGCCUCCUACAUCAACAAUCGUGUCACCGGAUGCUAUCAACGAUUGGAAUUCCUUGGAGACGCCGUUCUCGACUACAUGAUUACUCGAUAUCUAUUCGAAGACGUCCGUCAGUACAGUCCCGGAGUCCUAACCGACCUCCGAUCCGCUCUCGUCAAUAACACCAUUUUUGCGUCGUUAGCCGUGAAAUUUGAGUUCCAAAAGCACUUCAUCGCCAUGUGUCCGGGACUUCAUCAUAUGAUUGAGAAGUUUGUCAAAUUGUGCGCCGACCGUAAUUUCGACACGAAUUUCAAUGCGGAGAUGUACAUGGUGACGACGGAAGAAGAAAUAGACGAAGGACACGAAGAAGACGUCGAAGUGCCGAAAGCACUGGGCGACGUGUUCGAAUCGGUUGCCGGAGCGAUUUAUCUCGAUUCGGGCCGAAAUUUAGACACGACGUGGCAAGUGUUAUUCCACAUGAUGCGCAGUACAAUCGACUCGUGUUGUGCGAAUCCGCCACGCUCUCCGAUCCGUGAGCUCAUGGAGUUGGAGGCAAGCAAAGCGCGUUUCAGUAAGAUGGAGCGCAUUUUGGAGAGUGGAAAAGUGAGGGUUACGGUAGAUGUUGGGAAUAAUAUGCGAUUCACUGGAAUGGGAAGAAAUUAUCGAAUUGCGAAGGCGACGGCGGCGAAGAGAGCAUUGAAAUAUCUCCACCAAAUGGAAGAGCAACGACGUGCCGCACUCGCCGCCACAUCUGUCUAA